AUGGCGGGGCUGCGGGCCAGGCGGGGCUCCCGGCUCCGGCUGCUGGCGCUGUCCGCGCUCGGCUUCUGCCUGAUGCUGCAAGUCAGUGCCAAGAGGCCCCCCAAGACGCCCCCCUGCCCGCCCAGCUGCUCUUGCACCAGGGACACCGCCUUCUGCGUGGACUCUAAGGCAGUGCCCAGGAACCUGCCCUCCGAGGUCAUCUCUCUGACGCUGGUGAAUGCUGCCUUCUCGGAGAUCCAGGAUGGAGCAUUUUCCCACCUGCCACUGCUACAGUUCCUGUUACUCAACUCCAACAAGUUUACUCUGAUUGGAGACAACGCCUUCACAGGACUGUCGCACCUGCAGUACCUCUUCAUUGAGAACAAUGACAUCUGGGCACUAUCCAAGUUUACCUUCAGAGGACUCAAGUCUUUGACACACCUAUCACUGGCCAACAAUAACCUGCAGACACUGCCUAGAGACAUCUUUCGGCCCCUGGACAUCCUGAGUGACUUGGACCUGCGGGGCAACUCGCUCAACUGCGACUGCAAGGUGAAGUGGCUGGUGGAGUGGCUGGCGCACACCAACACCACGGUGGCCCCCAUCUACUGCGCCAGCCCACCCCGCUUCCAAGAGCACAAGGUGCAGGACUUGCCGCUGCGGGAGUUUGACUGCAUCACCACGGAUUUCGUGCUGUACCAGACCCUGUCCUUCCCAGCGGUGUCAGCCGAGCCCUUCCUCUACUCCAGUGACCUCUAUUUGGCUCUGGCCCAGCCAGGUGCCAGUGCUUGCACUGUCCUCAAGUGGGACUAUGUGGAACGGCAGCUUCGAGAUUAUGAUAGAAUCCCAGCCCCCUCUGCCGUGCACUGCAAGCCCAUGGUGGUGGACAGCCAGCUGUACGUUGUUGUGGCCCAGCUGUUCGGGGGCUCUUAUAUUUACCACUGGGACCCCAACACCACACGCUUCACCAAGCUGCAGGACAUCGACCCACAGCGUGUGCGCAAGCCCAACGACCUCGAGGCUUUCCGCAUCGACGGCGACUGGUACUUUGCCGUGGCUGACAGCUCCAAGGCGGGUGCCACCAGCCUCUACCGCUGGCACCAGAAUGGCUUCUACUCCCACCAGGCCCUGCACGCCUGGCACCGUGACACUGACCUGGAGUUUGUGGAUGGCGAGGGCAAGCCACGGUUGAUUGUGUCUAGCAGCUCCCAGGCGCCUGUCAUCUAUCAGUGGAGUCGCACCCAGAAGCAGUUUGUGGCCCAGGGCGAGGUGCCCCAGGUGCCUGAUGCCCAGGCCGUGAAACACUUCCGUGCUGGUCGCGACAGCUACCUGUGUCUCAGCCGCUACAUCGGCGACUCUAAGAUCCUGCGCUGGGAGGGCAGCCGCUUCUCUGAAGUGCAGGCUCUGCCCUCCAGGGGCUCCCUGGCCAUGCAGCCCUUCCUCGUGGGCGGCCGCCGCUACCUGGCGCUGGGGAGUGACUUCUCCUUCACGCAGAUCUACCAGUGGGACGAGGGGCGCCAAAAGUUCGUGCGGUUCCAGGAGCUGGCUGUGCAGGCCCCUCGGGCCUUCUGCUACAUGCCUGCUGGGGACGCCCACCUGCUCCUGGCCCCCAGCUUCAAGGGACAGACGCUCGUGUACCGACACAUUGUGGUGGAUCUCAGUGCCUAGAGGGGUGCCGAGCCUCUGGGUGCCCGGGCGGCCCCUGGAGGCUGAAGAGAAGUCUCUGUGAGCAGCAUGUGUGCCCGUGUGAAGACACGUAACCAACCUGCAUACAUGGCCUCACAGACACCCCCCUCGCCCCCCCUCCCCCCAUGAGCAUGGGCACACACUGUGGGCAGGCCCAGGGGAGACACUCAUACCGUAGUUGUCAUCAGCAUGGAGACUUGUAGAUGUGCCAGGCAACCCAGCGGCCCUGUGCCCUCUCAUAUGUGGACAUCUGCCAACCCCACACUCUACCCGAAGACCACCCCCCUCCUUGAUCUGCUGCUUUCCCCGGACUCUGGCCCCAGGGGAGGAGUAUGGGGGUACAGAACCACCCCCUCCCGUUUUUCAGCUUAGCUUUCCUACUCUCUGGUCUCUCCUGUUGGUGCUCCAGGUGUCUGUUUACCUGCUCAUGCUCAGCACGGCAGC